UUUCAACAAUCGGGCGCGUGUUGAGUUCUUCACCGGAUCAGUUGGGUCGCGUGCGCGGCGAACCAAAUAAUACUUUUAACAAACUUGGGUUUGUUUUGUUUUUUGCAGUCAGUAAUUUCCUCCAGUUUGGCCUAAAGGAUGGAUUUGGACUCCAUGAAGUAUUCAGACCUGCAGCAGCUCGCCAAGAGCAUUGGUUUAAAAGCCAACAUAAAGGCUGAUAAGCUGCUGAAGGCACUGAAGGGGCAUUUUGAACAGCAAGAGAGCUCAGACAAUGGCAACACGGCCUCCUCGGAUGACACACAGAUCCAGGAGGAGAAGGAGGCAGCAGCUGAGCCCAAGCCCAAACCCGUAAACGACGCUCUGGUGACAACACGCCGCGGAAAAAAACAGCAGGCCAAGAGAAAGUACUCUGGAGAUGGAGCUGAUCCGAAUCCCAAACCAGAACAGAACCCAGUUCAGGAUGACACAAAGUCAUCUGGAGAGGAGGCGGCAGAGGAGGAGGUCGUCGUCGCCAGUGGUGAUAAAAGGAGCUCCAAGAGGAGGAAGGUGUCCUCGGCUAAGGACACGGAGACUCCAGCUCCUGAGAUGAAACCUGAAUCUGCUGGCAAUAACGCCAUCCCUGAGGGGACCAAUCAGGAUGUUAAGAAAACUGCUGGAAAAAUCCCCCGUCACGAGGGUCUGAUGAAGAAGAAAGCAGCUCUGAAGCCCACCACACCAAAUUUCAAGAAACUCCACGAGGCACAUUUCAGCAAGAUGGAGUCCAUCGAUUCCUACAUGCAGAGGAAGAACAAGCAGAUGGAGGUCCUCAGGAACUCUGUGAAGGACCUGAAGGCUCAGUCAGAAAAUGGCAUCAAAAAGUCAGCAGACACAAAAGCUCAUGCUAAGCCGCCAGUCAGCCGAGCCUCGCUGUUCAGCCCAGGAGUGCCGGAGAAGAAAGUGGAGAAGCGCAGGGUCACUCAGGCAAGCAAGCCAGCAAUAAAGAACAACGCCCCCUUCAGGCCAUCCAUUCUCGCAACCAACAAAGUCAACGUCAGGUUUUCCCAAACCACGCAGGACAACGAGCACAAGCGCUCUCUGGUGAAGACUCCGGCCCGUAUGUCUCCCAUGCUUCCUCUCACUCCCACUCCGGGCAGGAAGUCUGAAAUCCACGCGAACAAGAACGCUGCUCCCGUCAACAAAACUCCAGGAUCGACUCCAUUCAUCUUCAGCGCUGCUUCUGGCCCUCCGUCAACUAACAAGAAAAACAUGUUCAAUCUGAAAGCGAGCCUCUCUCGCCCGCUCACAUACAAACCCCACAAAGGAAAGCUGAAGCCAUUUGGAGAGAUGGCGGCAAACGCAGCACUGGACAAGUCGCAAGCAAGUCCUUCUCGCCAGAAAAACUACAAACAGCACCAAGUGCAGACGCGAGACAAGCGGCGCAUGAAGCACAAUGAGGACAGGAAGCAGAAGAAGGAGAAGAUUGUCAGUGCCAGACGUGGGCUGGUGAUGGCUUAACUUCCCUACUUUAAAAAAAAAAAAGAAACAGUAGUUACUUGGACCUUUUGUUGCUUGUUGUCUGUCUUUUGUGAGUGUUUGUCUGGAUUUUGUAUUCCUGUGAGCUCAUUUUAAGAGGAAAAAAAAAACCUUCCUCCCCCAUCUUUGUAUAUAAACCAGUCAGGAUGGAUGACUGAAUUAAUUUUGUUGUUCGAGAAAAACAAUGUUGUUGAUGUUUAAGCACUGCUUUACUGACUAUUAAACAAAUCUUUCUGUA